UGAACGGACAAGAGUCACAGACCGGGUCGGAUUCCGCAUCAGAGGGAGCCACUAUAGAUUGUAAAUCUCACGGAGGAACCUGAUCUCAAUGAGACGUGGAAGCCUUCUGGUACUGGACUUUAAAAUACUGGAUGUUUUAUUUUAUUAUUUAACCAGCAGCUUGUUGUAACCUGUAGGGCAAAGCUUCCUCUGCACUUUGUUACUGGACAAAGGAUAACAACACCGACCAGUCUUCCGUAAUUUACUGACGAAUAUUGUUAGAAAAUACGGCUGAAUUGUCGGUUUAUCCCAUGCAUGCUGCAUUUAAUAGAUGGAUUUCUGCUGUAUGAGUUGCUCUUGACUUGUUUUUUUGUUUACGUGAGUUAAGUAAUAUUCGCAGGGUAGAGACAUAUGUUCAUACAAAGCCUAUAGCAGCAACUUGCUAUAGCAGGGGAACGAUUCAGCAGAGCAUUGAUCGGUGUGCUUAGCUAUACCAAGCUUGACCAAUCCGGUUGAAUUUAGUUUACUCAAGAAAAUGAUGCGGAUGCCGAAAGGUGUCUCUCCGGCUUCGGGUCGGCCAGUAGCGGGACUGUCUUGCCCUCAGCAGAAGAUCAAGGUUUUGUUCACCGGAGGAGUGAAGACCGAGUUCUUCAGCACCGGACUGUCCAGCCCGCCGAUGAGCACGGUACCGGCGGGCUAUUUCACCCAGAUCUGCAACACCGCCGUGGCCGAACAAAGAGCCAACAGCCUGUAUUCAACCCCCCACGGACCAGAGGCUAAACCCAUCAGAUCAUCCUCCGGGCGACUGCCGGCCAAGAGGAAGCUGGAUCUAGAGGACCCUCUUUACCUGCCAGAGUUCCGCACACCAAAAGGCAAAUGCAGCAUCGCAGCCAGGAUACCAAGUCCAAGGACUCCAAAGUCUCCGGGUGAGCGGACGCGGUACGACACAUCCCUGGGCCUGCUGACCAAGAAGUUUGUGGGUCUGAUCGCGGAGUCUCCCGAUGGAGUUCUUGACCUGAACUGGGCCACUGAGGUUCUGGAGGUCCAGAAGAGGCGCAUCUAUGACAUCACCAACGUCCUGGAGGGAGUCCAGCUCAUCCGAAAGAAGUCCAAGAACAACAUCCAGUGGCUGGUUGGAGACGUGUUUGAAGGUGGUGCAGGUGGAGGAGAGAAGGCUUGCGCUCUGAGGAAAGAACUUGGAGACCUGGAGAGAGUAGAAAGAUCUCUGGAUGAGCUGAUCCACUCCAGCACCGCACAGCUCAAACAACUCACCGAAAAUGAAGAUAAUAAGAGGUUGGGCUAUGUGACAUAUCAGGACAUUCGCUCCAUCGGCACUCUCCGAGACCAGACGGUCAUCGCCGUCAAGGCCCCCGCUGACACCAAACUGGAAGUGCCAGACACGGCAGGGCAGGGAUCAUUACAGAUCUAUUUAAAAAGUAAGAAUGGGCCCAUUGAAGUCUACCUGUGUCCAGAGGAGGGUCUUGAAGAAGCCAGCCCAGUUAAAAGCGCGGCCACCCCUAAAAAGGAGUUCCCUCAACCUCUCGGCCCUCCAACUACCACCCCAAUGCCGCCACCAAGCUACGGCAUCAAAGAGGAGCCUGCUGAAUUUGACAUAUCUCCAGCAGCUCCAGCCACCUCCUCAGCGGCAGCCUCCACCUCCACUCUGCUGGACGUCGAGGGUCUGCUGGGUUUACCCCCCGGCCUGCUCCAGCUUACAGAGGACCAGCUGCCUUGCGUCUCUUUCGCCCCAGACCCCAACACGCCCUUUGUCAGUUUCUCUCCCCCUUUGGACCACGACGACUACCUCUGGAGCCUGGAGGAUAGCGAGGGAGUGUCAGAUUUCUUCGACACCUAUGAUCUUGGAGAGCUGUUGAAGAGCUGAAGGUGUAAAUGAAAGGGAGGCAGGAGGAAAUUUGGGGAGAUUAAUUAAGGGGGUAAAUAUUUAAUUCAAUGCCUUCUCGAGGUAGGAAAUAUUACACUAUGAAGCCAUAUCUCUUUGUUUUUACCAUGCCUGUUUGAAUGUUAAUGAUUCCAAAGGAGGAGUCACCCCCUUUGUUUGUUUUAACAAAGUAAAAAUGAUUUGUACAUAAACACGAGGGGACUGAGAGGUUGGGUGAGAGUGUAAUCUCCAACCAUUAGGAAAUGCUGUUUAAAAUGGCGGUACUGUUUUUUGGAUCAUUCACAUUUUCAGAUUGCGCUACAAACACGGAAGUUAUCGUGCACAUCACAUCCCCGGCAACAUAAUCUGGUGCAUUCGGUUUGCGGGCGGUGUUUACAGUGUAACAACUCAGGAAUUGUUUUUCUUCCUUUUUUCCCCAAAGUCUAAAUAUUUGUGUGCCACUCUUUAACCCGUAGGGGGCAGCCUUGUACUAUGUCAGCUUUAACUGCCAUGCAGCUUUACAGGAUUCAAUCACUGGAAUUGGCGUACGCUAAAGCCAUCAAGAACUGUACACAGGGUGUGUUUUCAAGAGUGUACCUGUCUUCAAUACUGACCAAAUUAAGCUGUGAAUAAUACUGGUCCACAAGCAUCGACGGCUUCAGUAGGGUAUCGUGUGAAACAUGAGUUCAUCUGAAUCUGAACUCGUGUUUUCAGCUCAUGUGGCUUCUGUCUGAUCAGGUUUUGCUCUUUCCUGCCUUAAGCUUUAUGUCAGGCCUCGUACCUCUUUGGUGCUGCAUUGUGUGCCAAAAUGUGAAAGGCAGCUUCUGACACCCAAAAGUGGACCCAGAUCCAGAGUUAAUGACUCAUAAUAAGAGAGUCGCACUCACUCUUGUUGGUUUGGCAGCUUUAUUCUAAAUCCAGGUGCUCCUCUAUUGAUAAGAGUUUGCUGAUUUUGAGAGACUUUUUUUGAUUCAGUGGUGUGAAACUACUAUUGUAUUUCUUAAGGAAAUAACCAAAAUAAAUGAAAUGCAGCAUCUGUGUUGCAGAUGUGGUGGAAGCGGGGGUUAAUUGAUGUAAUUAAAGUUUACUUAGAGUAGAGAUUUUCUUCUUCUCUUGUUCAAUAAGUGAAUGAAUUCUGCUGAUCUAGCAGCAACAGAAUCAGGAAGGUAUUUGUAUCUUUACUGUUCAAAUUUCAAGAAUGCUUUCCCACAUGUGGUGGUGUAACCCUUUUCAAUGUCAAAGACAUGGAACCGAGGGCAGAGUAGUCAAGAGUUAUCUGUAAAUAGUUAUUUUUUCUUUUCUUUUUUUUCGAAGCGUUCUAGACAUUUGGAAAUUUGAAUUUCAUGCUGAUGUAUUUUUGGCUUUCCCUCUACACUGCGGAGAUAAGCUAACUGCCCUGUCCUAACAAAACUUGAAAAUGUGUGUUCGUGUGUGUGUGUGUAUUUGACAGCUUGGGAAAUGGGUGUCAUGGUGUGUUUGUGUGAGUUUUUACAAUGUAGAUUAGAGGAUGUGAAUUCAGAAUUUGUAGGUUUUUUUUUUGUUGGUAUUUGUAUAUAAUUUGUUUUGUAUUUAUACCUAUUUUCCAUGAAUUUGUUGAAGGUUGAACUGUUCUUGAAUGACA